AUGGAUAUCGUGGAAAUGGUGGAGGUCGUGGGCAUUGCCCUGGGAGUCAUAGGAUUAAUACUUACCAUCGUGAUCUGUGCACUCCCCACCUGGAUAGAGACAACCUUCAUAGCAGAUAACUUUGCCACCACAGAGGUGCACUUGCUUGGCCUGUGGAUGAGUUGUGUGACCCAAAGCACGGGACAGACACAGUGUAAUGUGCACAACUUAAGGGGGAACUGGCCCCCACAGUAUGGAGAAUGCCGGAGCCAUGAUCAUCACUGCCAUCAUCCUGGGGGUUCUGGGGGGUCACGGUCUCCAUGGUUGGAGCCAAGUGCACCAACUGCAUCAAAGAACAAACGUCUCAGGCCAAGUUGAUAAUUAUAUCUGGAAUACUUUUCAUCCUGGCCGGAAUUCUCAUCCUCAUCCCUGUUUCCAUGGUAGCCAGAUCAAUCAACAGUGAAAACUCCAAGUGGAUCAGAGGGAAGGCUGAGCUGGGGGCCUCGCUGUACUUCGGCUGGGGGGCGGCCGCCCUGCUCCUGAUUGGAGGUUUCAUACUGUGCAUCACUGUGGGAGUCUUUGGAUGGAUGAUGGGAAUCUGUGGAUGGGUAGUCUCCCUAGUGCCCUGUUCUAUCAUUAUAUUGGGCCCCCAUGGGUAUGGUCCUGAACACUAUAGGCACAUAUGGAUGGAUAUGCUGAAGAUCACCUGCAUCUCCACCAUCCUGGGAGCUCUAGGAGUGAUGGGGUCCAUCUUUGGGACCAAGUGCUGUAACUGCAUCAAGAGUAACAGGACCAGGGUCAAGGCCAGGUUCAUCGUUGGAAUAUUCUUCAUCCUGGCUGGUAUCCUGCAACUCACCACUGUCUUCUUGGUCUAUUACUUGACACAGAAUAUUCCAGAAUACUGGAGGGAGUAUAUGUUAUUUUCCACUGAAUUCUGUAGAUGGUCCGCCUCCAUGCUCCUGAUAGGAGGGACCAUACUCUGCUGCAGCACCUUGAAGAGGAAGAACCCAGACUCAACAAUGACUAAAUCUGCCUCCCACUAA